CGAUGAGUUGCUCGACACGUGACAAGUGUUGAAUUGUUCAAAACCUGGGGUUCGGUGGGCCUACAAUGGUUAAGGACAGAAAUAUCAGCCCAAAUGGAGUGAAGGUUCCCAAAAAGCUUCACACAAGCAAAAGAAGACCUGGAAGAAAAAGCUCUUAUCUACCUAUCAAUGAGUACUAUGGAACUUUCACCUCUGAUGAUGGCAUUCUGUGUAGCUGUCCUUGCUCUGUUGCCACACUGCUCUUCUUAUCAAACUAAUGCGCAGAAAACUGUCAGACAAUAUGGUAAUAACCCUUCAGUUCAGCCCUCUCAUCCAUUACUGCCAAGGAAACUGAACCUCCAAGAAGUGAUGAAUAGUUAUGGUGGCAAAACUAUUGAGCCCCACAGGAAGAUGAUGGAAGCUCCUUCAGGUAAGAAGCAAGAAAAUGUGAUGCAGAUGGGAAAGGGGAGAGAAGAAGGCUCCAAGGAAUCAGAAUACUUAAGCAGUAUGGAUUAUGUUUGGGUGAAAAGACGACGUCCUAUACAUAACAAGCAAGCCCCAGUUCUGCCAUGAAACAUGGGUUUUUGCUCUAACCAGGUUUCUGAAUUCAAGAAUCACAAUAUUAUUAAUUAGUGGUCUUAGAUGGUUUUAAUGUAUGCAACUUUUGUGUAAUGUUUAAUUUGUUUAAUUAGGGAAUUAAGAAGAACUAGAGAAUAGAAAACCCUAGUUAUGAGGAAAUUUUCACGUUGUUUCGUGUAGGAAUUGAAGUAUGUAUGUUGUGUUUUCAAUGCAGUCAACGUGGGGUUCAAACCCCAAUUUUUUGAUGUGUGGGUAAAUCGUAUAUAUGGCAGGCACGUAUCAAUUUUGAGUUAUGGUUACAUAUAUUCAUUAUGCUAUUCAUAAUCACUGACAUCUAUAUAUUAUAAUAAUACAUAAAAUAAUUAAAUUAAUUUGAUUGUAUGUGUAAAUUAAGAGGAAAUAUUGUACGCUUUCAUACGUGAUCAUUAUGUAGUGAAGUCAAUCGGACAUAAGUGCGAUUGCAUGGCCAAAGGGCAUAUUUGGGCAACUGGGCAACCAUAGUUUAAUAAGAUUAAUAACUUAAUUAUUAUCAAAUAAAUAUCAAAUGGCAAUUUAAAAUAUUAAAUUGUAUUCGAGUAAAGCACAGAAACUAUAUUAAAUUAUAUUUGGGCAAAAGACGUCUUUGCCAUUUGGUUUG